GUCUCGCUCUGUCCUCCAGGCUGGAGUGCAGUGGCGCGACCACCGCUUACUGUGGCCUCGACUUCUCGGGCUCCAGUAUCCUCCCACCUCAGCCUUCCAAAUAGGUGGGACCGCAGGCACCACCACGCCAAGCCUGUAUAUGGUUUUUAAGUAAGACAAAUUGCAAAAAACUUUGCUAGACAGUGUUCGCAGGUUUGGGCCGUCACUGGGAAUGGCUCGUGUCAGUCUAGAUAUUCAGAGGCCGAACACAGUCCUCGGUAGGGCUGCUCGGCGGGUACGCUGCUGCCGCUGGCCCUUGGGCUUACCGGAGUGGGAAGGGCUUUCAACUCGGCCGCGGACCGGGAAGGCGUUCUGACCCGCUAGAGCUCGGGGCGAGGGACCCCAUCCCGGUGCCUACAGCGCCUCCCUUAGCCGGCGUGGGCCAGCGUUAGUUACCUCAAGGAACUGAACUGGCGCCUGCGUCCUUCUGCACUUCUCGCUCUUUCUUCAAGUCACUUAUGCCCAGCGAGCCCGCCCUCCCGCCAAUCGUCAUUUCCGGCGAGUGCUCUGCGUCAUUUACGUCGUCACUUCCUGCCGAUACCGGUGUGGACGGUGUGAAUCGUGGCUGGGCCGGUUCUCUGCUUCUCCCCAUCCCCUACUUUCCUCCCUCCCUCCCUCUCCCUCCCUCGUCGACUGUUGCUUGCUGGUAGCAGACUCCCUGACCCCUCCCUCACCCCUUCCUAACCUCGGUGCCACCGGAUUGCCCUUCUUUUCCUGUUGCCCAGCCCAGCCCUAGUGUCGGGGGGGCGGGGGGUGCCUGGAGGAGCCCGAGGCGCUGCAGCAGAAGAGAGAAAAGACAACGACGACCCUCAGUUCGCCAGUCCUGUCGCUGGGUUCGCCGCCGCCAUGGCAAUGAGACAGACGCCGCUCACCUGCUCUGGCCACACGCGGCCAGUGGUUGAUUUGGCCUUCAGUGGCAUCACGCCUUAUGGGUAUUUCUUAAUCAGCGCUUGCAAAGAUGGUAAACCUAUGCUACGCCAGGGAGAUACAGGAGACUGGAUUGGAACAUUUUUGGGUCAUAAAGGUGCUGUUUGGGGUGCAACACUGAAUAAGGAUGCCACCAAAGCAGCUACAGCAGCUGCAGAUUUCACAGCCAAAGUGUGGGAUGCUGUCUCAGGAGAUGAAUUGAUGACCCUGGCUCAUAAACACAUUGUCAAGACUGUGGAUUUCACGCAGGAUAGUAAUUAUUUGUUAACCGGGGGACAGGAUAAACUGUUACGCAUAUAUGACUUGAACAAACCCGAAGCUGAACCUAAGGAAAUUAGUGGUCACACUUCUGGUAUAAAAAAAGCUCUCUGGUGCAGUGAGGAUAAACAGAUUCUUUCUGCUGAUGACAAAACUGUUCGACUUUGGGAUCAUGCUACCAUGACAGAAGUGAAAUCUCUAAAUUUUAAUAUGUCUGUUAGUAGUAUGGAAUAUAUUCCUGAGGGAGAGAUUUUGGUUAUAACUUAUGGACGAUCUAUUGCUUUUCAUAGUGCAGUAAGUUUGGACCCAAUUAAAUCCUUUGAAGCUCCUGCAACCAUCAAUUCUGCAUCUCUUCAUCCUGAGAAAGAAUUUCUUGUUGCAGGUGGUGAAGAUUUUAAACUUUAUAAGUAUGAUUAUAAUAGUGGAGAGGAAUUAGAAUCCUACAAGGGACACUUCGGUCCUAUUCACUGUGUAAGAUUUAGUCCUGAUGGAGAACUCUAUGCCAGUGGUUCAGAAGAUGGAACAUUGAGACUAUGGCAAACUGUGGUAGGAAAAACAUAUGGCCUUUGGAAAUGUGUGCUUCCUGAAGAAGAUAGUGGUGAGCUGGCAAAGCCAAAGAUUGGUUUUCCAGAGACAACAGAAGAGGAGAUAGAAGAAAUUGCUUCAGAGAAUUCAGAUUGCAUCUAUCCUUCAGCUCCUGAUGUUAAGGCCUGAGCAUCAAUCAUAUGCCACAGUUCAUAUACAACUGACUAAAAUGAGCAAGCAGAGAAAAGCAUCAGCCUUCCAGAGUUACUCUCUGCUUAAGGCAGAAACAGCAGUAAAUAAUGAGGAAAAUGAAUUAUCUCCAGUGCUGGAACAACUAACUUGGUGUUACCUGUAAGUGAGAACUCAGGAGUGUCAGAUAAAGGGAGGUGGAGUUACCCUCUUAUACUACAGUGGCCUGUUACCUUUUUAAUGAAUAUAUACAAGCCAACAUCCAAUUUCUAUUAUUACAAUUAGGGUUCUUGUAGCUGUUUAUGUUAUUAUGGAGAAGAAAAAUAUAUUGGCUUAUUUUUCUGAUCUUUUUCCUUAAAGCAGAAUGCCUUUUUUUUUUUUUUUUUUUUUUUUGCUUCAGUUGUAAAGAAGAGGGAGUACAUGAUAAAGUAACUGGUUUGAUUUCUCUUUCAUUGUACACUGCUUCUGAACAUCUAAUUGUUUUUAGUUGUCUAAAUAAAAUGCCUCUAAAACAAAA